CUAUGAAUAUAUGCAUUCUUCUUGCUUAUCAAACUUGGAGUUUCAGAGAAAGGGUUCAGAUCGAUUUGGCAAGCAAGAGCGCCGCGACCCACCGCAUCUCCUCUGUAUCGAUUUGUUCUCAAUUCUUUCUGUCGCCGAGAGAGGAAGUCUGAGUUUCACUUACCGCCCAACGCCCGCCUAAGCCGCCCAGUCGUCCGCCUAAUUCUUUUCCCGUUUUCUCUCCCGAUUAACACUUGAGAGGUGUCUCUCCCUAUUCAGCCGAGCUCAAAUCCCUCGCUCUCCUCAGUUUAGAUUAGUUUAAAAGAAAGCAGCCUCUCCCUUGUUUCAAAUGCAUUUAUAAAUCUGUGAUCCAAAGUUGCUCUCUUGUUUUAGAAUUCAGAUUUUCAGAGCUGGGUGGUCGUCGUUGUUGUUGUAACUAUGGAAGCGGUCCUUGCGUCAGUUGUAGGAUCUGUUGUAAAAGUACCAUUUGAAUGGCUGUUUGAAGCCGCCAAAAAGGCGCACGAGAUGGCUAAGACGUUUCCAAUUCACCACAGUAAUCUCAUUUCAACGCUAGACUCUUUGGUACCGCUGAUCGCGCAGAUAAACCACACCGGAACCAAUUCGGUUUCUGAAAAUUUUACAAGAACAAUGGAGGAUGGCAAGAAGCUGGUCGAAAGGUGCGAGGGGAAGCUGAACUACUUUGAAAAGGCUAAAUAUGCUCAAGAGAUUGUUGAAUUGGACAAAUCUCUUCAAAGACUCUUGCUUCUGCUGGCUGUGCAGUUAGGAGUUAAUUCCGCGGUGGUGCUCAACCGAAUUGAUGCAAAUCUUGUGCCUCAAAAUCAAAUCCGAUACCGUAUUACAACUAGGUAUGCAGUUCCUUACCUUCCACACGAUACACUUCGGCUGGAUACACAAUUGGCACAAUUGGCUGAGAUCAGGAUGAAACUCCUUACGGACAACGCGCCGCCAAUGCUUGUGCUCACUGCUCUGCCAGGAUGUGGGAAAACCUAUUUGGCAAAAAUGCUUUGUCAUGAUCAACGAGUCAAAGCUAAAUUCAACAAUAUCUUCUUUACCACGGUUUCCGAAAACCCCAACAUUGAUGUCCAAGAAUUCUGCCAACAUGCCGGAUUCAGGUCACCUGCAUUAGAAAAUGAAGAAAUUGCAGCUGGGCAAAAUCGUUUCCUAUUAAUCUUGGACGAUGUUCCGUCUACAUCAGAAUCCCUUCUUCACGAGUUUAAUCAAAUCAACAUUUCAGAUUCCAAGAUUUUGGUGACAUCAAGAUGCCAUUUUCCCAAAGUCGGGUCCCCACAUGAAGUACAACCAUUGAGCAAUGACGACGCAGAGACUCUUUUUUGUCGUUCGGCAUUCCGGAAUACGAGCCUCAGCAAAGGUGAUUUUCAGGAAGAGUUGAACAAGAUAGUAAGCCACUGUAAGAAAUUUCCACUUGCCAUUACAACGAUAGGAGGGUCACUUUGUAAUCAGCCUAUAGAGAAAUGGAUACUCAAACGCACAGAAUUAUCUGAAGGUUCGAUUCUCGAGUCAGAGGAAAGUUUGCGUGUGGUCCUCCAAAGUUGCUUAGAUGACUUGAAUAAAAGAAUGGCUACUGUCAAGGAUUGCUUCAAAAUGGCUACUGUCAAGGAUUGUUUCAAAGACCUUGGUUUAUUUCCCAAAAACCAAAGAAUCCCCGUUGCUGCCCUCCUUGAUAUGUGGGCAGAGUUCUAUGAGGGAUCAAAUGAUAACAUGUCAAUGGUGAACCUCUACCAGCUCACCAUCUGCAAUUUGGCCAGUAUUGUAAUAACAAGGAAUAAGGGUAUAGAUGGCUACUAUGGUGAACACUUUGUUCUCCAACAUGAUAUGCUUAAAUUGCUAUCAAUCCUUGAGAGUAGUGAAGACCCGAUGGGCAAUAGACUGAUUAUCGACAUACGUGAAAAGGAGCUUCCACCAACAUGGUGGACGGAGAACCAGCAGAAAAUGAAUAAGGCUCGCUUGGUAUCUGUCUCAACUGGCGAAUCCUCCUCAACAAAGUGGCACAACAUGGAUCUACCAAAAGGCGAGGUUCUAGUUUUGAAUUUUCAAGCAAAGAACUAUGCCUUACCCAAGUUCAUGAAGAAAAUGUCCAAGUUGAAGGUUCUAAUAGUCACAAAUGAUGGCUUCUCACCUGCUGAGCUAAGCAACAUUGAACUGCUGUGUUCUUUAUCUAAUCUAAAGAGACUAAGAUUCGAGCGUAUUUUGAUUCCUUUGAUAAGCAAGAUGAGCAUUCAAUCGAAGAGUCUAAAGAAGAUAUCUUUAUUCAUGUGUAACGUCAGAGAAGCAUUUGGAAACUCUUCCAUCCAAAUUUUUGAGAUAUUCCCAUACCUAGAGGAGUUGCACAUCGACUAUUGUAGCGAUUUGGAGAAAUUGCCUGCCAAGCUAUGUGAUCUUAAACGCCUAAAAGUUCUCAGCAUCACCAACUGUCAUAAGCUAUCUGUCUUGCCUGAAGACAUCGGAAAGCUGGAGAAUUUGGAAGUGUUGAGGCUAAGGUCCUGCACAGAUUUGGAAGAGCUUCCAGGCUCGAUUGAGAAACUCAGUAAGUUGUACUUUCUUGACAUAUAUAAUUGUUCCAGCAUUAAGGAGUUGCCCGAAUGCAUUGCAAAGAUGAAUGGUUUAAGAAAAAUCAACAUGGCACAAUGUUCAAGAUUGAAUCUGCCUGUGUCAGUGUAUGAUCUUCAUCAGCAACUAGAGAAAGUGACAUGUGACGAAGACAAAAGAGAUUUCUGGGAAUCUGUCUUCUCAAAUCCCGACAAAAUAACGGUGGCUAAUGAAGAAUUCAACCUGAAUUGGCUCCACAAACCUCAGAAUUGAGAGCUCUCCUUCCACGAUAAGUAUUGGAGCAAAAUGUCCUGUGUGUGAUUUGUGAAGUUUAUUCUUCCCUGUUUCUCAUUUGGUGUUUGUAUGAGAUAUUGCAUCAUUCCACUGUCUUGGAUUUCCCUGAUUUUCUUCUCUAUAUACUGUUGAAAUGGUACCAGGCCAUGAUCUUUUUGUUUAA